AUGUUUUUCUUGUAUUUUGACUCGGGAAAAAGUGAAAAGCUUCGGAUACGACGAGAGAAAUCCGAGGAGCCAACCAUUGCGCUACCGAUCAAGCCGCUUCCCGCUGUCGCAAGCGCCGAAUAUUUCAGCCAAUGGCGUAAUAAUGAGUGCGACGUCAAAAUGGUGUGUCGACGAGCUCCCAGAAUGUCAGUAACAGCUCAUACUCCUACAGAAACCGGAUUCGCUGAAACAGGCCAUAAAUGGACCUACAAAUCACAAUAUUGCCGCGAUUUGGCAAUCGAUUUUGGAAUCACAUGCGAAAAAUCAUCUCGAAAAUGGUUGAUUACCCAAAUCCCAACGAAAUUAGUUAAUUACACGAAAUUGGGGGAUAUCCCGGAUUAUGUAUUGCCGUUGCAAAUCACUUUUGCCGAUUGUAAUUAG